CCAAAUUAUACAGAGUAUGUUAGAAACUCGAAAUUCUUCGACUAUGAAUGAACUGGAGAGGAUUUUUUUCCAUCUGUAUAUCGAUCUUCGAUACUCCUCUGGGCAUGGCGUUUUUGCUCAAUAACGCUUCAAUUUCAUCUCAUUUCCGUUCUUCUUCACAGAAGACGGGUGAUGCCUUAUCUCUAUCCCGUCGCGGAUUCCACAUCGAGCCAGGAACUCGUGAGAAAGCUCUCUUGGCUGAAGAUGCUACUUUGAAGAGAUUCAAGUCUCAUAAGAAAGGUGUGCACAGAUUGAGAAAGAUUGGAGAUGUGCUCACAGUCGUUGUUAUUGCAGGAUGUUGCUAUGAAAUCUAUGUCAAAGCAGUGAUGAAAAACGAAGCAAAGGCUGCAGGGAAAAGCUCAUGAGUCUUGUCUUUGUACGGUUUUUUUCUUCUUUUUAUACAUUCUCUCUCUCUCUCUCUCUUUUUCUUUUUUUAACAUUCUCUCAAUAAUGUUUGUUUACUCAAUGCUCAAGGCAUCUAAUAAAGCAGACAAAAAGAAAAAGACAUUGUCGAGGG